CCCUGUUACUCCUGCUGAGCUUUUGGACUGCUCAUUGUCACCGACACUCGGCUCAGCUGUGCAGAAACAGACAGAAGAUGGGCAGCAUCUAAAUGUUUCUAUCCAUCUGUUUUGGAGACAAAUUGUUAUCUUCUCCUGGACUGAUGAAACUUGAGAGAUAUAAACAUAAUAAGGAGAUGGAAAGCAUGAACUAUGAAUCCACAUUGCAUUUAAUAUUACGUGACAUGUAUAGGGAUGUAUAAUACUUCUGGAUACCAGCACUUGGACCUUCAGUGAAUCUGGAGAGGACAAUUAUGAUGAUUGAGGAGUAUUGUACACUGUAUAAAAAUACAAACCAGGCUGGCUCCUUGACUUUGGGUACAUUUUAUUUCCCUCUUCGCUUGUCGAAACCUGUGUUAACACAACUACCACUUUGAAUUGUGUUGGACGAUUUGGCUCAGGUGUGAUGUGUAGUUUUUAGAACAUCCCACGGAUACUUGUCUAGAACGGUUUCUAAGUGGCUGAGAAUCACAGAUUCUAAGAAUGCACAAUACAAUUAUUUCACUGGUAAUCCUGUUUAUCAUCACUGAUUUGGGCUUUCUUUAUCCUGCCCCAGAGGAUGCCCUACACAAUGCACAGGUGUUUUUGGAGAAGUAUGGCUAUACUGAAAAAGAGAAAAGAGAUGCUAACUUGGUACAGCUUGAAGCAGCAGUAAGACAUUACCAGUGGUUAUCACACCUUCCAGUUAGUGGUCAUCUUGAUGUACGUACAGUGCUCCAGAUGAAUGAGCCACGUUGUGGUAUGAAGGAUAUAAGCCAAGCAAGAUGGCUGGAACAGUUCAAUGGACUGGUCAAUCGAAGACGCAAGAAGCGUUACACUCUAAAUAAAAAAUGGUACAAGCAUCAUCUGACAUAUCAGAUUCUCAACUGGCCUUGGUACCUAUCCCCGCACCAGGUGAGACAAGCAGUAAAAGCAGCGUUCCAGCUGUGGGGUAAUGUCUCUUCUAUGGCGUUCUCGGAGAGUAUGAGUGGCUCAGCAGACAUUCGUUUGGCAUUUUUCGAUGGGGACCAUAAUGAUGGAGCCAUAAACGCAUUUGAUGGACCAGGUGGAGCACUUGCUCAUGCUUUUUUCCCAAGGCGGGGGGAAGCUCAUUUCGACAAUGCUGAGCAUUGGUCAUUGAAUGGAAGAGGCAGAAAUCUCUUUGUAGUCCUGGCACACGAAAUUGGUCACACCCUGGGGCUUCAGCACUCACCAUUCAAAAAUGCCCUGAUGGCUCCUUACUAUAAGAAGCUGGGCAAAGAUUACCUGUUGAACUUUGAUGACAUCCUAGCCAUCCAAAACCUGUAUGGGGCUCCCCCAAGUGGCAAAUUGGUGCAGCUCCCAGGGAAAGAGUUUGCCUUUUUUCAGGACUGGAAUCCAAAAGGUGUAGAAGGAUUUACCACUGCAAACACAAAACCAUUCUACUGCCAGUCGGUCUUUGAUGCCAUCACAUGGGAUAUGGAAAACUUAUUUUACAUCUUCAAAGGUCGUCAGUUCUGGACGGUCAGCUUGAAUGGGAAUGUCUCUGAGCCCCAUCUUCUAAAACACAGGUGGAAAAAGCCACCAUCCUAUGUUGAAGCUGCAGCUGUGUCUGGAUCAGAUGGCAAAUUCUACUUCUUCAAAGGUUCGAAAUGCUGGAGGUACAAAGAAUCUAAACUAGAGGCUGGGUUUCCUCAAAAGUGCAGUGACUAUGGUCUUCCUCAACAUCCUGAUACAGUCUUAUAUUUUCAGCCACUUGGGCACCUGGUUAUCUUCAAGGGAACAAAGUAUUAUGUAAUAAAUGAGGAAACACUGACUGUGGAACCAUACUACCCACGCAGCUUAAAGGACUGGAAAGGCAUUCCUACUGAGACCACAGGAGUGUUGACCCACCCAGAUGGAUCUAUCUACUUUUUUAAAGGUGGAAAGUACUGGAUGUUUGACCAGGACAAUCUGAAAGUUACUGCUUCUGGGAAGUGGGCAGAGGAUUUAUCAUGGAUUGGUUGCAAAAACUCUUGAUUAUCAAUGACUUUUUUAUGAAUCCCAAAAAGUACUUUACAUUUACGUAGGCUUAUCAUGUUUUUGCUGAUAAGUCUUUAUGGAGUAUUAUUCAUAUGUGGGAAACAUUACUAUUCAUAAACAUGUUUUUUGCUGUAGAAUACUCAUAUCAGAAAAAAGAGUGUACACCAAGAGAAAAUCUGAUUCCAUCCAUUGUUUCUAUUUUCCGAAAAUUGGAUAGGUUUCCUUUUAUGCCUUUGGGCAGACUGGGAUUCUAGUGAACCAGCACUCUGAUGCAUGUUUACAAAUGUACAUAAACUUAUAAUGUAGUCAUAUCUGACACUGGAAAGGACUUUCUACAGUUAUUUAAGACAGUAUGACUGGGUGUGUUGGGGAGUAAUUUUCAUUCUUUUAAAAAUAACCCUGAUGUAUCAUUUUUGUAUUUAAUUUGAUAUCUUUCUCAACUGCUGUGUAUUGAUUGUGUUAAGACAUACACUGGAGUAAACUGGAGACUCGGCAGUGAAAAUAUUCAGUUUGAGUUUAUAAAUGAUGACCUCUGAUUAUCUGAUAUAUUUUAUGUGCUAGAGGAUUCCUUGCAAGAAAAUAUCCAUUUCCAUUUUAUUUAUGGAUGAAUUAUUUUCUUAAUACAUAAGCUUCUUGGCAUAUCAUUAACUAAAAUUGAUCAACAGAUGAAUUGUGACAUUUCUACUGUAAAAAUAACCACUACACAUACUACAGUCCCUAUCCCCCCCAUCACACUACAGCCACUACCCACCAUACACACUAAAACCAAUGACCACAUAUACACUAGAGUUAGUACCCCACACACAUACUAGAGAAAAUGACCCCACACAUACACUACAGCCAAUAUCUCCUUACAUAUACUUUCCCUUCACACACUACAGCUACUAUCCUCCCACAUUACAGACACUAGCACGCCCCAUAUCCCCCAGACACUACAGCUACUAUGCCCUAACACAAACUAAAGC